GAACGAUGUAUUCAGCUCAUGUGCGUCACGGCCACUGUGAAUGGGAAUACAACAGAAUAUGUCAUGCAGAGCAAGGGAGCGAUGCCUCUGGGCUGGAUGGGGGUAGGAUUCGGUCGAAUCAUGGCGCAUACAGCUAUGGUCAUAAUGUGGCCCAAUGACGAUGGGUCUAUUACUUUAUCCCAACGAACAGCGCCCCGCGAAGUGAUGCCCACCGUGGUCAAAAAUCCACCUCGAAUCGCUGACGUGUCCGCAGCCGGGACUUACCUCGAUGGUGAUUUUUCAAAACUGGCAUUCAAUAUCCCGGUGCUUUUGUCAGAAAAGCGCAAGAUCAUCUGGGCGUAUGGUCGCGUGCGGCCAGAAUCUUCUGCCGUCGACGCGCGCAUCCACUUCCACGCCGGAUACGGACAUGCCGAAUUCAAUCUGACCAAGCCCAUCAUAGAAGAAUCAGAACCAGAACCAGAAGCGAGCGAGGAGCUCCCUGAAGAGCUCGAAAGUGGCGUGGAAGACGUGGCGUACCCCCCAUACCAGAAAACCAUCAUCACCCAUGCUGUUAUCUGUAUCAUCGGCUUCUUGAUUGUUCUCCCCGUAGGCUCUCUUAUCGCACGAUAUCUGAGAACCUUCUCUCCUAUUUGGUUCCAAUUCCAUUGGGUCCUACAAUUCAUCUUUGGCGGUACAGCGGCCAUCUUCGGCGGCUUCUUGGGUUAUCGAUCUGUUGAAGCAGCAGGCGCGAGCCAUUAUAAUGACGCGCACAAGGCACGCUCUAUCACUAUUAAAUGGGGCGUGGCCCUCUUGUUUUUGUAUUUCGUGCAGUGCGGGUUUGGAGCCAUCAUUCACUGGAAGAGACCGGCUAUCAAAAUAUGGGGCAUUUUGCACGCGGUCUUUGGUCUGACAGUCAUCGCCUUGUCGUUCUAUCAAGUGAGACUAGGAUACAAGUACGAAUGGCCGGCCGUUACUGGCCGCGAUGUCAUUAAACCCAUCGAGAAUACGUGGAUAGUACUGAUUAUUCUUCUUCCUAUUCUCUAUGCUAUCGGCUUAGCUUUAUUACCAAAGCAGUUUGCACAGGACCACAAGAAGAUGACGGCGUUGGAGAUUGAUAAAUUGGAGAUGGAAAGCCGUCCAUUGAAUGCUGGGGAAGUUGAUGAGGACUAG